GAAAAUACUUGGAGAGAUACUAUCUUUAAAAAAAAAAAAGAUGAAACACGAAUUAAGACAGCAGAAGUUACUUCAAAAACAAAAAGAUGAAGAAAUGAAAAAUAAACAACGCCAUGAGAUAUAUGCUCUCAACAAUGUAAUGAAGAAACUAGAACACACCCACUUUAAGCAGUUCUGCGACUCAGUCGGUAUCAAGCAUAGAGAUAAUACUGAAACAAAUACAGCCACAUUUAACGAAUCAAUUCUUUCACAAAAUCUUAUUAUAUGAGAACAAUAAUUUUUUUCAAAGAAAAGAAUACCUUUUUAACAUUGACUAUUA